AUGCAGCCGAAAAUAAAGUCUUUCGAAAGCCGACACCCUGAGGUAACUGGACCAUCAUAGACUUAUGCUGCAUCAUGACCAGUUUUACAACACUACUUAAUUUAUCUUUUCGAAACGAGAACGCAUUUCGAAAUUUUGGUUGACAUUCAUGAGUUAGCACAUCUACUGUAUGUAAAACGAGAUUGGCUGUAGUCGGGACGUGUACCGGACACUAGAGACAGUGCAUGCGGGCAGCCCUAGGAGACACGGUGAAGUAUACAGCACUGGGAAAUGGCGUAGACUGGCGGGUGGCAAAUCAGCAUCCCGGCGCUGUGACCAUGCGUCUGUGACCUCGACCGCUUCUCUGUCAGGCGCAUGUGACCUGGUGUCUAGACUCAGUGUGGGCAACAUACAGUGCACUUCGGACGCACACGUUCUGCCCUGGUGUGGCUUAUUCACAACGCCGAUCUGAGUACAUGUGUCCCCUAAGUGACUUUAAUGCGUAUAAAAAUAAUCGUCUUGAGAAUCAACCGAACAUUUCAUCUUAUUUUUCCAUGUUAAAGGGACUACGCAAUGUGAUGAAGUCGCAUACGAUUGUUCUUCGUUCUUUUUAUACGCCGUAGCAGCAGCAGCAGCAGCAGCAGCAGCAGCAGCAGCAGCAGCAGCAGCAGCAGCAGCGGCAGCAGCAGCAGCAGCAGCAGCUGACUUUUGCGUACCAUGAAUUUUCCGAACUUUUGACAGCAGUGUGGUUUCUCACGCCACUGGUGUAUUCGAUCGACGCAAAAUCAAGUCUAAGGACCACAUCUAUCCAGCACUUGUCCACACAAAUCUAG